AUGGGAUCCCAACUUGAUCCUUUACUCGCUAAUGUGUUUGUGUAACAUUGAAGAAAGAUUGGAGCAGGAAGGCAAGAUGCCCACAUAAUCGGGCGAUUUGUUGAUGACAGACAGACCGUUACGCAAAACAAAACAUCUGCGGAGAAUCUUCUUGAGGCUCUCAACCAGUGUCACUCCUCCGUUAUAUGCACCAUGGAGAUAGAAGGCAUGGUAUGCUCCCUUCCUGGGCACCCAGCUCCUCAACAGAUCUUCACAUGUGGAGAACAAAGUCUAUGUCAAGCCCACGAACAGUGGCCUCUUGUUACAUUACAAGAGUUAUGUAGACGAUUGAAAUAGACAAAUGCAUAUCUGAGACGGAAACGUUCUAUGUGUAGUGCCUCAAGGCUCUGUACUUGGACCGUUGCUAUUUUUGUUAUAAAUUAAUGACAUCCACAAAUCUUCCAAGGAAUUAACUUUUUAUCUAUUCGCAGAUGAUACAAGUCUAACCUAUGCAAAUGACAACUUACGCGCUCUUGAACUCUCAACAAUGAGCUUGAGAAAGUAAGUGAAUGUCAUUUUUCAUUUUUUUCUGUCAUUUUUCGUCCGCGCCAAAAAAGAAUACCUUUCAUUCCUAAAAUUAAGAUUUUUAAUCGAACUUUAAAUACUCGAGUAAUUCUAAAGAUGAAGGACUUUGUUAAAUAUUUGGGUAAAAUGAUUGAUUCUGAACUACCAUGGAAGCAUCAUAUUGACGUUAUCCGUCACAAAAUUAGAUCGGUUGGAAUAAUUGUUAAAAUGAGGCAUUACAUUCCACAGCAUCUUCUUUUGAAUUUAUAUCAUGCACUUUUUGCUCCAGUCUUUGUUCUUUCAACAGUUAAGCCAUUUAAUGUAUGAUGUUCAUGCUAAGACAGCUCCUAAACGUCUUCUCGAUAAUUUUGCGAAAAUCAAUACAAAACAUCAUUAUAAUACGCUAUUAUCUGCAAAAGAGUGUUUUUCUGUAAAAUUCUCUGGACCUGAAAAAAUUAUAAACUCUUUAACUAGAAUUGCUGUGUUUAUUGGGAAUUCUAUUCCACUUUCUGUUAAGACUCUCAACAUAUCUAAUUUUCGAAAAAAAAUUAAAUCACUACUCCUUAAUGUUCUACGUAAUGAACAUAAUUAUUUGAAUGUUAAUUAUUUAAUAGAAUACUUUACGAAGUUAACCUGAUAUGUUAUAUAUACCUCCAGUUGUAAUUUUAGUCUUUUUCAAAUAACAAAAUACCCUGUACUUGAACUUAUAUGUACGGUGUUUCUUUCUGUAUGUUACUGUAUUUCUUUUCUUUUUUCUUAUGUAAUUUAAUAACGUCUUUAUUUAAAGUCUUUUCCUGCCUAGAUUAGCAUUAUAGCUAUUUGCAGGACAUUAAGUAUUGUAACUUUAUAUUUCUUUAAAUAAAUAAAUUGUUGUUGUUGUUGUUUAGACGUUCGGUACAAGUGGGCGUUACUAAGAACUAUGGUUGAUCGUGCUUUCUGACUUUCGUCCAACUGGACGUAUUUCUCCGAAGAAUGCGAUCGUCGUAAAUUGCCUUUUUACGGCUUAAGUACCCUGGCAAACUCAGUAACUCUACUAUCUCCCGCUUUAUUGCCACAAACGUUUCUGAUCAACCUGUUUCAUCGCCCGCGGCUGUUUCUGAUUCAUCUGACCCUGUUCGUGUUAUUUUACAAUUUAAAGACCAGUCCUCAGCUGACAUUGUUCGACGUCAAGUUCAGAAUUUGAGUCACACAGUUCACACGACCGUGUCUCUAGUGUUUGUCGGCCAAAAGAUUGAGCGCGAUCUUAAAAUGCGAGAAGCUAAGCCACCUCUUGUCAACCAGCAAUGUCUUGUUUGCAAAUUUGAAUGUGACCUGUGCGAUGCAGGUUAUGUAGGUUACGCAGCUCGCCACGUACACCAGCGAAUUGAGGAACACAGAAGCACAAGUUCAUCCGUCGGCCAGCACUUUCGUGUUAAACAUUCUUCGGGCGCCUAA